AUGAGGGAGACCCAAUUUAAGUUUGUAAAUAAUAACUUAGAGGGCCUGAAAAUGGAGAAUCAAUAUGAAGAUGAAGGUACAUUGCUUCUUAACGGAGAAUGCCCUGAUUCUGAACGAGGGAAACGUGAGUUUCAUCCUCAGGCCGUGUUCUUACUGUUCCUUUUGGAUUGUACACGAAAGGAUGAUUUGAAUAUGAGAGCCAUUGAGGACUGUGAUGUGUCAACUACCAACUGGUUCAACCCAUGCGUGUGGUCGAGGGUUGAUCUCCUUUGUCGAGGGAGACUAUUGUAA